UAAUCCGGGUUUUCAAACCGGCGAAUUUUAUUUGUAAUUAUUUAGUGAAAAGUUGCUCUAAAAUGGUCAGUGAAAUUUCCCGCGGCUUCCGGGAGGAUUGUUUCUCAUUUUUGAACGAUUUCUCCAAACAUGAAUCGAUGGAAUUUCGAUACUUUUGUCACGAGUGGAAAAGAGUCAAUUUUCAGUUCGUGUUCCACGGCCGUAACACUGACGUUGAACUGGUCGAAUUCAUCAACGAAGCGUUGCUGAUCGUAAAGCAGAUAUUCCUCUGUUCGAAGAAACCGCUGGAGAAAAUUGGCUCGUUCUAUCUGAUGUACGCGCUGUAUUUCAAACAACCGACCAAUCAGUUCUGUAAGAUUCGCGUCACUCCUGCCGAUUGGCGGUCGUUUAAACGGUUCGUGCGGAAUCCAACGGCGGAGCAGGAUUCGCAGGAAAUUACUGUUAUAUUUUGGAAGUUGCUGGUUGGUGACGCCUUUCGGUUCGUGCAGGAUGAAAAAGAGCACGGAUAUGAUCCGUUCUUUGUUAAAGGAUUGCAAAGUAAUCGGUUUGAUGAUAAGGUACGGGAGUCGUUUAAAAUCAUCAAAGAUGCUGAAAGUGAUUUCGGGGUCAUGAAAUCAAAUACCGGUCUGUUUACGGCGUUGGAUGCACUGGAGAUGGCCUACAAUGAGAUGAAGGAGUCGCUGGAUGAAACUGCGAGCAGCUCCGCCGACAAAAUUCCCCAGUCGAACCUGAUGCAAAAUCUACACGUUGAUCUCGAUGAAGUGAUCAAAAUUCUCGGCACUGACGAAGGUACUGUCACUAGUGCGGUAGCCGGCCAGGAGCAAGGUAACGAGCUAGAUAGUGCCCGGUCCAAUGAAAGUAUCGGUGCCAAGCGGUCCUCGAUACGUGAACGGGCAUUCCGGCGGAAGGUCAACAGAAGGGAUUUACAGAUUGCGACGGCAAUAUCGUCCAAUGUAAGCGGUGAUUCGACGACGCCUUCAUCCAGCAAAGCUAUGCGGCCCAGAGCUACUAAGAAACGGGAUGCCAAUACGUCAGUGCUGAUUGAGGAUCACAUUGCGGAUAUGAUGAGCACCGACGAAGACUGACGAUGACACGAUGUUUUUUGAUACUAUUCUUGGAGUAGUUUUGUGAUAUAUUUGAGAUUGUUGUAAAUAAAGC